AUGAAAUAUCCAUUAUAUACAAGUCAUACGAGCUCCCUUAAAGGUUUUGUAUAUCAACGGUUUUUUCAAUCUCUUUGCAAAAUGCAAUCUUCUUAUCAUCCUAAACAACAAGAAAAUCAGCAAGAUUUUCCAAAGAUUAACCCAAAUCAUGGACUUUGGGGCUUUUUCAGAGACUCAGAAGACUCUCCAUCAAAAAAAGAAGUUCUUUCUACGCCAAAAAACGAUAUGAAACAUGGUCGUGCAUGGAUGGCAUCAGAGCUUCGUCUUAAAAGCUUUGAAGAUCUUCAUCGUUUGUGGUAUUUAUGUCUCAAGGAACGAAAUAUCAUUGCUACACAGAAACAUGAACGCCGACGAUUGCGUAUUUUCACGGGUAUUGAAGAAUCUAUGAAAAGAGAUCGUCAGGUACGUCUUACAAUGGCACGCCUUAAGUUUGUCUUAAAUGAAAGAAUACGUGCAUGGAAAGAAGCAAGAGAUUUAGCAAAGAAAGACAUAUGCAUGCAAGAUGAAUCCUCCUUUGUUUCUAGUGACACUUCAAAUUUACAGUCUUCACAAACCAAGUUUUCAACAACCAAUACACAAAUGCCUAGUUCUUCUAUACUUGUGCAUUCUGAAUCUUCUAAUCUUAAAGAAUGA